AUGCCCCAGCCUGCCCCUCGGCCCGAGCCCUCGACUUCCAAGGUUCCAGAUACUCCCGUUAAGUCACAAGCACCUAUGCCCAGCUUCAGUCCUGCGCCCAAGCCUGCCGAUCCAGUUCAAAAGCAUCCAUCGGGCGAAGACCAGGCCUACCUCUCUUCUGGACCCGACUAUCAAGCUGCUAUACUGUUCCAUCACAACGCCGUUCGUGCGAAUCACGAUGCAGCUCCACUGAGCUGGGACUCCGCCUGCGAGACGAAUGCGCGCAUUGCUGCCAGCAGGUGCGACUUUGAGCACUUCACCCCACAGGGCGCCGGCCAAGGUCAAAACUUGUUUGUUGUCUCUGGCGACGCAUUCAACGUUACGGCGGGCAUAUCGGAGACCUGGUACCAUGGCGAGCUUCCCCAUAUGACACCUUGGUUUGGCAAGAGUGACCUACCUCAUGAGGUCUUCGAGAAAGUCGGUCAUCUUACACAGAUGGUGUGGAAGGACACCACCAAAGUCGGAUGCGUCUCUCUUGACUGUGGCGGGGCCAUGACUGUCAAUGGCAUAGGUUCGGCCAUGAACAAGUACACAGUCUGCAAUUACGCUCCGUCGGGUAACUACAAAGGCCGGUAUGCAGCGCAAGUCGCCCCUCCUAUCCCAUCUGCCAACUUUAUCGGCUGGGCAGACUAG